GCGGGGGCCUUCACGUCAGCAGUGACUGGUGGCAAGAUGGUGGCGGAGAGGUUGCUGCUGUGCUUUGUCGCCGCGUUACAAGCGCUGUCAGCAUACGGGGCCGAGCUCUCCUCUGAAGCAUGCAGGGAUCUUGGCUUCUCUAGUAGCUUAUUGUGCAGUUCAUGCGACCAGCUUGGUCAGUUUGGACUCAAUGCAAUAAACUUAUCCUGCAGGCAGUGCUGCCAGGAAGAAGCUCGUUUGGAAUCUAGAAAGAGAUAUCCAGGGGCUGUACUUGAAGUCUGUGGAUGAAAAUUGGGGAGGUUCCCCCAAGUCCAGGCUUUUGUCAGGAGUGAGAAGCCCAAGCUUUUCAAGGGUCUGCAGAUUAAGUAUGUGCGUGGCUCUGAUCCUGUACUAAAGCUGCUGGAUGACAACGGGAACAUUUCAGAGGAACUUAGCAUUCUCAAAUGGAAUACAGACAGUGUGGAAGAGUUCUUGAGUGAAAAACUUGAGAGAGUAUAAUGGCCCAAUAUCAUUAGUGUCUUCAAUGCAACCCCACCCAACUUAGCCACUUGGUAUAUUUAGUUUUACCCUGUCAAACACAACCAAAGGUCGGAUUAUUCCAAAGAUAUUACUUAUACGGUGAUUAGAAACUGAUGGCUUUCAAGAAA